UCCCGCCGGUGUCGGCUCCCCCUCCGAGCCUUCCACACGUUGAUCCCACGUCCGGCGCGCCGGUUCCCGUCGCGCAGCCGUCGCUUGUGGCCGCGCUGUCUGUCCAAGCUGCCGCCGGGGGCCCUGCGCCGGGGACAGCGGUGGGCGCCGGCCCCGACUCUGCCCGCCUGGUGGCCCCUGCGGCUGCGCCGGUGCAUCCCGUCGCGCAGCGGCACGCGGAGUCUCAGAUUCACGGUGCCGCGGGGGGCAAUGUGGCAGCGCAUCGGGGGCGAGGUUCUCCUCGGCGACGCCCCUCCUCGUCGUACCGGUCGGCGCACCGCGGAGGCCGCGGUGGCUGGUGGGGAGGUCACGGUCGCGGGCGCGGUGGGCCAAGCGAGAUGCAGCAGCUGCGCGAGGAUUUCCCGGGGAUGUUAGCUGCGGCGAUGCGCAGUGCCCUGAGUGGCGCACCGAAUCUUGGAAACUCUCUGGCUCCCGCCGCUCCUGCGUCCGCCCCCGCUCCAGUGAAUGCGCAAGCUCCGGCCGCGCCCCUUGCUGCUCCUGCGCCACCCGCAUUGGCGUACCCGCGGGUUCCCGCUCCUGGCGCUGAUCGUGCUCCGCGUGCAUCCUUGUGUCCUGUUUCUGCUGCGCCAUAUCCCCUGCUGCCAUGGAUUCCUCCUCUUCCAGACACGGGAUUUGUGGGGGCGGGAGGCGGAGGGGCGAGGGUGGCCUUCGUCCCUCCGCGGCAGCGUGCUGAUGUUCCAUCAGUGCAGCCCCCGCCCCCUCUUCCUGCUCCGGCUGCGCUACUGACCACUGGGCUGGCCCAAGGAGUGCUUGUUUCCGUGCGGUGCCCGUCAGAGGAGGUGGGUGAAGCACGGAGGGUCAACCCCAACACCCACCACUGCAUCAACCUGCCUGUGGAAAGCGAUAGACAAGAAGUGGUGGUGGAGGUGCAUGAUCGCACUGGGUUAAGGGGGCAGGCCACAGUGCCUGCUGCUACGCUCAUGGACGAAGGGCACCCGGGCGCCCACAUGUCACUGUCGCAGCGCUGCCAUUGGCUCGCAGUGAGGGACACGUGUCAGCAGGAGGUGGCUCGAGUGCAGAUCGCCGUGUCUCUCGUGCCCUGUGCCAGGGACUAUGGCACGCAGUGCCAGCCCAUCACGGAGUCAGCAGCAUACGACUGGGUGCUCGCAGCAGCCAUGGCAGCUCAGGGCUUCCACGCGCGCAACCUCCGCCUCUCGGGCCCCUGGGAGUGGCUCUGUGACCAGUUCGCCACCUGCUAUGGGGUGUCUCCACACUACACCAAGCUCAGGUACCUCACGCGUGUGAUGGACGUAGCUACACCAACAGCCGACUGCUUGACCCUGAUCCAUCAGCUGCUGGCGCCGGUGCUGCAUGCACAUGACAGCGAUGGCAGCAGUGUGACUAAACAGGAGGCGCGCAUGCUAGCAGACAUGGAAGAGCGGGUGGGAGAUCUCCUGCAACUCACAUUCGAGAGCUACAAGUCCCUCAGCGAGUCUUCCCCCUCAGGCAUCGCCGACUCGUCCCGCUCAGCCACCCACAUGUGUGCCUCCCUGGGGCGAUCGCUGGUGGGGGCAGAGGCAGCGGCGCUGGUGGCACCGGCGAUUCCCCCCGCGGUGCACUUGUUUGGGCUGCUGAACGACCUGUUGCUGCCAGAGGUGCAGCAGCAGUUGUGUGGUUACCUGCAGACAGCAGCGAGGCGGCGGUGCAGGCAACACCUGUCAGAGACCGACGAAUACGUCAACGGCACGUUCUGCCUUGGCACUGGGGGCAGCACCAUGCAAGGGCAGGCGCAGGGGCAGGGACAAGCGGGCAUGGGGUGCAGUCCGGGGGGAGGCAGGGGGAGAGGGGGAGGGGGGCCCGGGGGAAUGGGGACAGGGGGGAUGGGGAGGAGGGCGAUGCGGGGAGGGGAGGGGGGGGAUAUGGAGGAGCAGAGGGAGGCGUAUGGGAGCAUGCGACUGGCGUGUGUGGCCAUGUGGAGAGAGGUGCAGGCGGAUAUAGGCAUUCACAACCAGCACAUCCUGCCCAGCUUCGUGGACCUGCCCGAGUUGACAGCAGGUGUGUACAUGGUGGAGCUGCAGAGGCGAGUCAACCAGUUCCUGCUGGCGGUGCCACCUCAGCACCCGCUGCCACAUGUCAAGAACCUGCUGCACGCCACUGCUGACGUGGAGGAUAGGCUCAUGCUGUGGGGCGUGGGCAAGGUACCCGGAGGCCUGGAUGCAAGGGAGCUAUUCGGGGUGUAUGUGGAGGCAUGGAUCAGGGAGCGCACCCACACUCUCAUGGAUGUCUGCCGAGCUCCCAAGUGGUCGGUGCUAGCACCCAUGUCGGACCGCAACGCCACGUCACCAUUCAUGGAGGAGGUGUACGGAGUGAUCAACAGCCUGCUGGACGAGCUCGACUCUGUGCUGGGCCGAUGGCCGCAGUACACCCUUCUCGUGGAGGAGGCGGUGUGUGAUGUGGAGCGAGCAGCCAUCUCAUCCCUCGCCUCUCACUUCCAGAACUUCCUCCUCCUCCUCAACACCCCCUCCUCCUCCUCCGCCGCCCCCUCCUCCUCCUCCACCAAGAAAAAGCUUCUCAGCAUGCUGUCGCGCCGCCGCCCCACACUCGCCUACCAAGUACCCAUAGAGGUGAGUGGUUGA